AUGGCUCCCAACGGCCACGCGGCAUCUGGAAGGAAGAGUACCCACAAGUCUAGCGACAGCUCUCCCGUUUUCUGGGAAGACAAGCAUGGUCACCGGGAGUUCAUGGAUUGGAAAGAAGCAAAUCAGAACGGUCCUUCCCCAUCAUACGAGGAAUGGGUCGAGUCUCAAAAAAUGACUGGUGGUCUCUCGCUAUACUACACAGCGCUGAGCAUGUUUGAGGAGUCUGAUUCAACUGACGAAGAGGCCCCACCUGUCAAGGCCAAACCUCAAGCCACCAAGGCUCGUGGCCAGGUUGGUCGGCCAAAGAAGAAUGCGACUGCCAACGGUAAUGGAGCGUCACGGGCGGCUGAGUCUGCGACACCGUCGGCCGUGGCCAACUCCGAAGACCAGAGUCCCUCCGGCAAGAAGAAGCGCAAAGCGCGGAAGAAGCCACUCUCUGAUGAGGUCAUCGCCUCGGCGAGCGACGAAGGUGAAGCCAGUAAGGAUUUGGGGGCAGAGACCGCGACGCCAACAGUACCAGCCAUCGCCGUUAAUGGCCAGCGCAAGUCUUCUGCUCGAAAGGCCAGGAAGAAGCCUAUUUCAGAAGAAACCAUCUCGCCCGAAGAUGAGCUAGAGGACCCGAUGGAGACUACAAUCGAUGAGGUUGCCGCAUCUGCAAUCGUGUCUCCUCUUCCUGUUCGAUCUGCUCCGAAAUCGUCGACCGCAGCAACAGCGUCAGAGACACCGAAGAAGAGCCACAUCCUCAAAUUGAGCACCAGAAAGACACCGAAGACGAAGACUGCCUCUGAAGAUUCUGCUAUUGAAGGCGGAGCCGCCGAGGCAGGUGCUCACACCGAAGUCACGCCCACCAAUGUCGCAGAGGCAAUCGAGUUGAAUGCCACAUUCAACAGAACCGUCACACCCAGCGCUAGUAGUAAGAUGGCUCAAGAUGUUGACUCUGCUGCGGCUUCUCCAGAUCCGACCACCGCGUCAGCAGGCUCCACUCGACGCGGACUACGGACACGAAAGCCAGCACAGCAGAGGCCAUACUACCACGACUCGCAGCUGUUUGAGGAUGUAGAGCCCACAAACGGGGACGCCCAGGAAUCGAAUAACACAUCACCGACUGCAGAGGGCAGGAGAGCGUCGGUGGCGUCGAUCAGUAGGAAUAUAGAUGACGCCCUUCUGGCUUCGCUAGAUGAAGAAGCCAUGGCUUUGCUUCAAGAAGAAACGGAGCCGGAGCCUGCAAAGCCCAAGCACUUCAAGGGCAAAGGUCGGGCGUGGAAGAAAGAAGGUUCUGAUGAGGACGAGGAGUUCUCUUUGGCUGCCAAGAAGAAGGCUGCUAAAGCAGCGAAGUUGAAGGCCAAAGGGCAAAUCCCCAAGAAGCGGGGUAGACCCAGGAAGAGUGGUCGGUCUGAAGAGCUCAUUGACGAGGAGGAAGAGGACAAAGAAGCGGUCAAGCGGAAGCGUCCACCACCGCGCAAGAGCGCGCUGUCUGAGGAAGUCAUCAUCGAAAGCUCCGAAGGCGAGGAAGUGAAAGAGAUGGAGGUUGAGGAGUCUACAACACCCAAGUACACUCCAAACAAGUCCUACACCCCACAGGGCUUGCCGAAGUUCAUGUCCAAGGACGACAUUGGCACCAACGGCGACGCAGAGCUCGGCACUGAUGACGAGCCGGAAGUCGCCAGUCCUUCCAAGAAAACCGCUUGA